ACACGGGAACACACAGACAAUGUAAAGCACGAGGGCUCUCAGUCUUCUUCUUGCCACCCCUGGACGAACAGCUCUUACUUCAGGAACAGCUGAGACUCUGGUCUAUAUCGCGCAGUGACACCAUGUCGGUUCUGACUUCAGUUCCAAAAAUAGAUUUUUCGCCUGCAACGGCAGAAGACUAUGAAGAACUGAUGUCUAUCUCUAGUGGGUUAUUCAACGGAACGGACUAUGUGCCUCUGAAGUACCAUACAUGGCUGAAGGAACCCCAGAGAAGAAUGUUCGUGGCCAGGUGUGAAGGGAAAGUGGUUGCCUUUGAAUCUUUCAUACUGGUUGAUGAUGGAACUACUGCUGUGAUGGAAGGUCUUCGUGUAGCCACCGAGAUGAGAAAACGUGGAGUGGGUGGACUGAUUUAUGGGUUUUGCUUGAAUGUUAUACAUUCUGACCAUCCGGAGGUUAAAAUAGUUCGAUUCGUGCUAUCUCAGAAUCCACCAGCUAUUGCGUUGGAAACAAGCAAAAUGAUCACCUGUAAGGCAGUGCUACCUGUACUUGUUACUGCUGACCAGUUGGAAGCAAAACUCAGGUUACUGGAGUCUCAAGUGAAUAAUGAAGACAGAUCCAAAAAGCUAUCUGUUCUGGGACCAGAGGAAAUUCUCAGAUUCUUUGAGUCCAAGACAUUAGAACAAUUGCUUCCUGGUGGAUUGCUAGUUCAAGGUUGGUUUGCUAUUGCCGCUCAGAAGUCCAACCUAGAUCUUCUACUGAAACGAGAGCUUGUCUGGAUUUAUUCACAUCCUGGGGAUUCUAGUGAUUCUACAUCUUCUUCCAAGGUCACACCUGGCAGUGAUGGCCUCCAUGCCUCUCCAGAAGGGUUUCUUAGCCUUGGUUCUCAACCAUUUCUAGUGCCUAUUGCAGACAAAGUAUACUAUAUAGAUAUUGACCUGUUCGGAAAUGAUCCAUCUUGUGCUAAGGUCCAUGUUCUAGAGCAGUUGAAAAUCGGAUUAAAAAGAUUGCCGGCAGGGAGUGGUAUACUAUUUAUCAUAUAUGCAGAGGAGAGUCUCCGGACUGAGCUUGUCCAACUGUGUGAAGGGUUGAAUAUAUUACAUUUUUUGAGGGAGCAGAUUAUUUUUGAAAGCGAGAUCAGGCUUUAUUGAAUUCCACUUCCCAGUCUCGGCAGCUCUUAUUUUGCAUUUACGAAUCUGUUCAAAGACCCCACGCAUUGCACCUGUGCAGAAGAAAACUACGCAAUCGCAGACAAAACUAACUCAAUUGCUUGCAAAAUUGUGCGAAUUUCACUGAUUGCAUCCUGAGCCAAUCUGUUUUGUUCGUGUGAAAGGCGACUAUAGGUUUGAUGUUAAAGUGCAGUGCUAAAAGCUUUUCACAACAUUGAUUCCUAUGAAUCUGUCUUCCAUUCCUUCAACCAAAAAGAAUCCUACAGAUUAGGAGAACCAGUGUUUAACCUCCAUUGUGCUGUUGGCCAUAACAAGGAAGAGAAGCGGGUGACAACUGGUGGCACAUAAGUUCAGAUCUUUCCUUCUAUGGAGGUUACAGGGUAGUAAUCCCAGAUCUAGUGCCUGGGCGCCCAAAAGUGCAUCUACCAAAUAAAAACAUGCCAAUUUUACAAAUAGUACAAACUAUUUGUAAUACAGUAGCAGAUUUAGUUGAGUGAAGCCUCCUCCUGACCAUGCAACGUAAAUACACCUUGGGAGUCGGGUAUUUUUAGAUGGCACCCACUUGCGAGCACUGUGGGCACCAUAGUUGCCAGGAGCCUGCUGUUUUAAACAGAUACCUGAUGCUAAUAUAUUAAACAGUUACCCAUAGUGGAGAUCAAGGAAGCCGGAUGGUGGGUGCGGCAGCCUCGGUCCUCCUGAAUGAUCCAAGGGUUGCACAGCUAUGUUCCUAUGAAGACCUUAGAAAAAAAUAAAAUAUACAUAUAUCAAUCUGCUUUAUUUAUUUAUUAGUCUUAAAUCACAAGAAAAACAAUGUAAAUGUGGUAUUGUUGUAAUUGUGCUGACCCAGAGAAUGAAAAUGGGUCUGUUUUUCUGCUUGCAGAACGCUGUAAAUGGUGCCAUUAGAAAGUAAAACUUGCUCCGUAAAAGACGAGCCCUCAUACGGCUGUGAAUGGAAAAAUUAAGUUAUGGCUUCAGGAAGGCAAGGCAUAAAAAAGCAAACAAAUGGAAUGUGGCAUGGUUUUGAAGGGGUUAGAGGAAGUAAUAAGGUUUCUAAACUUCAAAUUGGUAUAGUUCAAUCUUAGAAGACAAUAGGCCACCAAUACAAAAACCAUGGUUUGACACAACCCCGAAUGUGUAAGGCUACGAUUGUAGGAUUGUUGCCUUAUUGCUAUAUUUGUUAUGCUGGCUGUACAAUUUAUGGUAUCCUGAUUAAAACCUAAUAAAAACUGU